AGGCAUUGAUGCGAGUUCUUAUGAAACGAUAGAAAUUCUGCACAGUUUUUGCCGUCCUGGCUGUUGCUCAAGAGUGCUACAGCACAGAAUAAGCGGCGAAAUGCUUUCUCGGGAUGCCAGCAGUUUUCAGUGCUGAAUUUCUCAUCGCUAGUUCUCCCAAAAAAAACCUCCUGCCUAAAUUAAGCUGAGAUGGAUUAGCAGGAGGUUUGCAGGCUGCUGGAGUGAAAUGUGAGGAAGCUGACCACAUCGCUGCAGGAAUCCAGAAUCCAAAAUCCACCGACUCUGAUCUAAGCCUGAAAAUAAUUUGUCUGUGCUUUGAGCUGGUCCAUGAGGAGACAGGUGGAGUGAAAUGUCUGUGAAAGGCUGGGAUCGUGGCACACAAUGUAUAGCUAAAUGUGAUCACAAAACUUCUAAGAAAGAUGAGCUAUCAUUUUGCAAAGGAGAUAUCCUGACAAUUAUUGAGGUUGUUAAUAAUAAGGGUUUGUUUCGGGCAAAGAAUAACAAGACCCAGGAGGAAGGGCUGAUAUCCAGAAACAAAUUGCGUGAGCGUGAAGCCAUUCGGGUUGACCCCAAAAUCAGCCUCAUGCCGUGGUUCCAUGGGAAGAUCAGUGGCGAAGAUGCAGUGAAGGUGCUUCAGCCCGCAGAAGAUGGCCUCUUCUUGGUGCGGGAGUCCAUUCGACAUCCUGGUGACUAUGUGCUUUGUGUGAGCACAAAGGAGGAAGUCAGUCACUACCGUGUUAUCUAUCAAGACAAUAAAUUAACAAUCGAUGAAGAAAACUAUUUUUACAACCUGAUUGAACUCAUUGAGUAUUACACGAAAGAUGCAUCUGGGCUCAUCACUAGGUUAACAAAACCUAAACUUAAGGAGGGCACAAGGUCAGCCGCGGAGGAAUUGUCAAAAGCUGGCUGGAUACUUAAUAUGGAGCAACUUAACAUAGGAGAUCAGAUAGGAGAAGGGGAGUUUGGAGCUGUGUUUCAAGCGGAAUACAUCGGGGAGAAGGUGGCUGUAAAGAACAUCAAAUGCGAUGUCAUGGCUCAGUCCUUCUUGGAGGAAACUUCUGUCAUGACUAAACUGCAGCACAAGAACCUGGUGAAAUUAUUAGGAGUUAUCGUGGACAAUGGGUUGUACAUCGUGACUGAGUUCAUGAGCAAGGGUAACCUUGUCAACUACUUGAGAACCAGAGGAAGGUCGGUCAUCAGAACUAAAGAGCUGAUCCAAUUUGGGCUUGACGUCUGUGAAGGGAUGGAGUACUUGGAAUCGAAAAAGCUUGUCCACCGAGACUUGGCAGCUCGGAACAUUCUUGUCUCAAAGGAAAACAUUGCCAAAGUGAGUGACUUUGGACUGGCCAAAGGGGUGUCCAGCACUCAGGACCAGGCGAAGCUGCCGGUGAAGUGGACGGCGCCAGAAGCAUUGAAGCAUCACAAAUUCUCCACCAAAUCAGAUGUCUGGAGUUACGGAAUUCUUCUUUGGGAGCUGUUUUCAUACGGGCGAGCACCCUACCCGAAGCUGUCACUGACCGAUGUGUCGGAAAAAGUGGAGAAGGGGUACCGGAUGGAAUCACCAGAUAAGUGCCCCACCCCAGUGUACGAUAUGAUGAAAUCCUGCUGGGAACACGAUCCCGGGAAACGUCCCACCUUUAAAAAACUCAAAGACAAACUGGAAAAAGAAGGAAGGAAAUCAGAAUAUGUUUGAUGUAAAGACAAUAUGAAGGACAAUUUGGAAUUGUUAAAUUGCCUUCAUAGUUUUUAUUGAACUAACAUUCCAAAAUGGGUUGCUUUCAAGACUGUUGGUUCAACUGAGCAAUGAUACAGGAUAAUUAGUUAUUGAUUUUAUGUAUAUAUAUAUAAAAAGAGAUAAAUGAAAAUGCCUUGUGCCUGCUAGAUUCUAGAAUUCACAGAUUGAUGGUUCUCAUAUUUGUUUAAUUGUAUCUUUGUCCUUUGAGAACUUGCUCAAAUUCUCUCUGUGCUGGUCUUGGGAAAACAUUACUCUCAUGUGAGGUCGGAAGUCUGGGGACCGGCAGGGGCUCUGUAAGCAGGUGUGAGCCUGCAGCUGCAGUGAUUCGCUAAAGAUUCCUCACCAGUGGACCCAACCACCUCAAGUUGUUGCAAUCAGUCCACAAUGGGCGUGGCAGUCAGCAACCCGCCUCUGCUGCUGUUGGCCGGACACCUGCCAUCGCAGGUAGCACUGCACCUUCCUAUAACAGCCAGAAUUGCAGUCAUUUGUUGUAGUCGGAAAAGCAGCGGUCUGCGGUGUCAGCAGUGUAAUGAUCUGUUACAGGUAGCAAUGCACCAGCCUCUUACAUCACAACUGCACCAGUCUAUAAAAGUAAGCAUUUCACUACCUCAUGAGUAGCCCAACAAAGUUUGUCCCAACCUCAGUCCAUUACAGACAGUACUAACCAAUCUGGUAACAGCCCAUUACAGACAACAUUGAACUAACCAUCUUGCUAUGACUGACACUCCAACACUUUGUUAAAGUUGGCACUGUUCCAUUGUUUCAACCCUUUUUUUUGUUCUCAACGGGUCAUUUCAUUACAGUCAUCCAUCCAUUGCUCUGUUGCAGGCACAACUGUAAAACCCAAUUAUCAGCCCAUUUACAUUGUAGUUGUUCAUAAGAGACACAAGAGACCGCAGAAGCUGUAAUCUGGAGCGGCAAGCAAUAUGCUGGAGGAACUCAACGGGUCGAGCAGCAUCUGUGUUUGGAGGGGAGGUGGGGUAGCAGAGAAAUUAUUAAUGUUUCCAGUCAAGGCCCUGCACCCAGACUGAGGAGGCUCAGGACUCUAAGUCCUCUUGCACCCAUUCUCAGGACUCUCAGUCCUGAUGAAGGAUUUCAACAUGAAACGUUGCUAAUUCCUUUCCCCCAACAGAUUCCACAGACUCUGCAUAUUUAGCAGGAGAAUGACGUGUGCCAUCUGCCAACUGCCUUAACACAGAGCUCUCCAAAUUGCGGGAGCAAGUUGCACUGACUCACAUACCCCAGUGAGGACAUUAUGCUUUAAGUCAACUCUUGCCUUUCAUUUUCAGCCUUAGUUUUUGUUUCUGGAGGUCGUUGACCCAUAUUGCUGACCGCAGUUUGAUGAUCCCGAGCCCAACUUCACAGGGCUCGAUUUCCAUUUUGCUAUCCUGAGCGCCCAGUCAUACAGUCCUGCAUAUUAAUGUUAUUUUCCUAGACCUUUAGUUUCCCUGCCCCUAAUCCCAUCCUCACUGUCACAGAUUUUAGUUUUACAAUCUUAGAUGUGAGCCUAAUUAUCCAUGAAUGUAGUGUACAGUAUGUGAAUAAGGGAUGUAUGCACAGAAUGUGCACAAUUAGUCACAA